AUGACUCAAAUUUUGCAAUCGGACGACAGCCUUUUCGGGCCUCGCUCAGCGGUAUUAUCGUAUUUCCGCUUCAACCCCGAUGUCCAUACGCGAGAGAAGCCUUACGAAAUCCUCGUCAACCUGGCUCCAGGCCACCGCCGUCAUAACCAGGAGUUUGAGGACCGAAGUGUAACGAUCGCUGACGCUCGCAGCGCACAGGACCAGUUCUCUCUCGACGCCCAUGGCUUCUGCUGGCGGAAGUGGGCUGGCCCUGAAGAAUGGAGAGGAAUUGAUGCUGAGGGCGUUAAAGAGUUGGGACAUGACCGCAUCAUGAGCGGCUAUGUCACCGAGGCGGAGGCAUUCCUCAAGGCAGAGCUCGAAGCAGCCGACGGGAAAGAAAUUGACAUUGUCAAAGUGUUUGACUACAGACUUCGCGUAAACACGGACUUGAACUCUUUCCAAGCUCGUACCCUUGAUCUCGACGAUGGACUCGACCCCCUCCUUCCUGUCCCUCACCCACACAUUGACCAAAGCUUCCGAGGUGCGGUCCUUCGCGUAAGGGAGCACAUGAAGGACGACGCGGAUGAGCUGCUGAAGAGACGGUUUCGGAUCAUCAAGUACUGA